ACGGGCUGUAAAUAUAUGAGCGCACUUGUUCCCCAGGUUUAAGAAUCUGUUUUUUCCCCAGACCCAUUCUUCCGUUCCAUUUUUUUCAUAUUGGACGCGAAAGGUUUUUCAAAGUCUCGUACAUAUCACUUAGGCAGUACAUCACAAUGGCUACGGCAGCUGAGCACAACGGUGUCCGCGGACCCAGCAUGGAGAAGACCACCUCAACCCACGACCAUGCCCAUAACGGCGCGGCCCCCAGACAAAGGGCACCGUACGACUACGGCGGCAACCCGCUCGCCCACGUCGCGACCAAUGACCCAGAAAUGCGCCUCCGUCCAUUCGGUGGUGACUUCCAGCCCGGUCUCUACCGCCCACCGAACCGCAAGUUCGCCAACCCAGCUCCCCUGGGUCUUUCUGCUUUCGCCCUGACGACCUUUGUGUUGUCCCUGAUCAAUGUCAAGACCAGGGCCAUUCCCGGACCUAACAUUGUUGUUGCUCUUGCCUUUGGGUAUGGAGGACUUGUGCAGCUUCUUGCUGGCAUGUGGGAAAUGGCUGUUGGCAACACCUUUGGUGCCACUGCGCUCUCAUCCUACGGUGGUUUCUGGCUGUCCUUUGCCAUCAUCCUAACCCCUGGAGGUUUCGAGAUCGAGUCUGCACUCGUCGCGAAGAGCGAAGCUGCUUUCCUCAACUCUUUCGGCCUGUUCCUGAUGGGCUGGUUCAUCUUCACCUUCCUGCUACUCAUCUGCACGCUCCGGUCUACCAUUGCCUUCUUCUUCCUGUUCUUCACGCUUGACAUGGCCUUCUUGCUGCUUGGUAUCGGAUACCUCGAGAACAACGGCAAGGCCCCACAAGAGGGAUGCAUCGUCGCCGGUGGUGCAUUUGGUCUCCUGGCUGCUUUCGCUGCCUGGUACAAUGCCCUGGCUGGUAUUGCGGACAGCUCCAACAGCUUCUUCGUCAUCCCCGUCGCGCAUUUCCCAUGGUCCGACAAGGGCCGCGAGAGGCGCACCAAGGUCGACAACUCGGCCGCACGCGACGCUGCGCACGAGGCCUAGACGGCUCGGUGUUCGAUGACCUCAGGAUGCGAUGUGUCAUUGAUCGGCAGUGAAUUAUUGCCGGCGAUGGCGCUACUAGUGCAAAGGUUCCGAUCGCGCGGGUUGGAUGUAAUUAUACCUAUGACGCAACGCGAUACCUACUCAUAUUGAUACUCUAAUACCACCUUUUUAUUACUUCACG